AUGGUGGCUUUCCUCCGACCUUCUGACUUGGCUCGAACCCCGUAUAACUCCUGUUUUAUCACGGAUACUGGCUGUCUUACUUUACAAGCCGUGGCUCUUAAGGAGACUCGUCGCAAACGACGCAUCAUCAAGCCCUGUACGAUCCAUCCUCAUGCGUCCGAUAUGGAAGUAUGUCCAGUGCAGGGCUUCAAGGCUCUUCGCAAUCAUCCUGGUUUGGCUUCUCGUCCUCCUGAUUCACAAUUUUUUGUAAAGCCCUACUGA